UAUAACUAAAUCGGGAGCAAACAUGGCAGCCUCCUGCGUUUUCCGUCUUGGCCUCGUGUGUUGGGUAUUUUCGUUGAUAUUCUGUGAUAGCGCUAAACUUUCGCCCCCAAAUGUCGUAAUUUUGUUUGCCGACGACCUGGGGUUUGGAGAUCUUGAAACCUAUGGCCAUCCAACAUCUAUGACACCGAAUUUGAAUCAGUUAUCUGCGUCUGGUUUACAGUUCAUGCAGUUUUAUGUUGCAUCUGCCGUUUGCAGUCCAUCCAGAGCUGCCCUACUGACUGGGCGCUACCAGACACGUUCAGGGAUAUGGCCAGGAGUCUUCAUUCCUGACUCCACAGGCGGCCUACAGCACAACGAAGUCACCAUAGCAGAGAUGCUCAAAGCGGUCAACUACCAGACGGCAAUCGUCGGAAAGUGGCACCUCGGAGUCGGCCAGGGCGGCAAGUACCUGCCGACCAAUCAGGGCUUUGACGAGUACUAUGGGAUACCGUACUCCCACGACAUGUGCCCCUGCCAGGUUUGCUUCUAUCCCGACGACCACUGCUUCAACGACUGCGAUGUCCAGUACUCAAGCUGCCCGCUGUUCCAUAACGGCACGAUUGUCGAGCAGCCGACAGACCUCUUGACUCUUGAGCAGCGCUACACCGCCUUUGCCAAGAGUUACAUAGCCAGGAGUGCUGACGGCGGCAAGCCGUUCUUCCUCUACUAUGCCUACCAGCACACCCAUCAUCCACAGUUUGCCAGCAAGGCGUUCCGUAACACCACGGCCAGGGGCACGUUUGGGGAUUCGCUGGCUGAGCUGGACUGGAGCGUGGGCCAAGUCCUCCAGCAGUUGAGGGACAGCGGCGUGGCUGAUAACACCUUUGUGUUCUUCACCUCCGAUAAUGGGCCGAGUAUCCUGAACCAGAACAGAGGGGGCAGCGCCGGCCUCUUGAAGUGCGGCAAGGGCACCACCUAUGAGGGGGGCCAAAGGGUACCAGCGUUGGCCUACUGGCCCGGUAAGAUCUCGCCUGGCCGUACCCUAUCGCUAGCCAGUAGCCUGGACUUACUGCCUACCGUGGCCAACAUCACUGGGGCCCCCCUGCCCGCGGGAGUUACCUUAGACGGUGUGGACAUGUCAGAGAUGUUGUUUCAUAACAAGGCGAGUCAAAGGCAAACCUUUAUAUACUACCCAGUAGAGCCCAACCCUAAGGUAGGCAUCUUCGCAGUGCGCUACAAGCAAUACAAGGCCCAUUACUACACGCAAGGAAGCAAACUAUCGGGAUCCAGCAACAGAGACCACGACUGUCGCAACAGUGCCCCACUGACCCAUCACCAACCACCGCUGCUGUUUGACCUGGAUCAGGACCCCGGCGAACGCUACGACCUCAGCGUGGACAAGGAGUAUAGUGCCCUCUUGCAGGAAAUCGCAGCCAUCAAGGAGAAAUUUGAGGCCGGCAUGACGUGGGGCAAGGCGCAGAUGAACGGGACGGACACCAAGGUGGAACCAUGCUGCAAUCCAGGUUGCAGUCCCUUUCCAUCAUGCUGUAAGUGUGGGACAUCAGGGGUGAAUUUCAUUCAGGUUUAAUUCCAACCUUUAGUGACAGCAAUAGAUCGAUCAAUUUGGGCGAUUCUUAAUGCAGUGCGCCACCAAGAGUUUGCCACAGAGAGUUCCUUUUUCCCAG